CAGUGCGCCUGUCGCUGAGUGCAAAGGAACGCUAAAAACUCGGUAUUUAGUGGAUAACGAGAAUUGGGAGGAAAUAAAAGAGAAAAAGGCCUGGUUUUGUGGGCUGAAUGGACAUCGGGUCUCUCGGUGGAUGUCAGGGCUUCAGGGGAAUUUUGGUGAUUCAACUGCCAGUGGCUAGGGACCAGUGGUGCUGUGGAUAUCGGGAGGUGAAUAACGCUCUACCUGGAACAUGAGAACUCCUCGCGUGCUGUGUCAGCGCGGGUUCACAGGGCUAUAGGUGGUAUUGAGGAAAAGGCCUGGAUGUGUUUUAACUUGACUCACUCCACAUGUGUGUUGUGAUCGGGGUCAUGAACGUGAGGAAUGUGAACAGUGGCCCCAAAACCAGAGGUGAACACUAACAACCCCUCAAUAAUUAACGAAUAAACAAAGGACUGGAGUCAAGGGUGAAGAGUGAUUUAUGGAAAUAGUGAGUGAAGGAAAUGGAUCCACCAGUGAGAGGACAUACGAAUAGCCGUCGCAUAGCCAGAAUGUGUUUCACAUCGACGAUACAAUAAAUUCCGGAGGAUAAAGUGCCAUUUCUUGGUUAUCAGAGGGCGACAGUCUGGGGUGAUUUUUUUUUUUUAUCGUGGGAUGAUGACCCCGGAGCACUUGGAAUGACAGUAAAGGAGAUGAACUCCCCUGGUGGAGACAUUCUGAUGAUUUCGUAGGGAUAAGGACUUGCCAAGUUAUUUCUCGGGCUUUUUUUUUUUUUUUUUCAUUUUUUCAACCUAUCCCUGGGUUUUUCGUCUCUCUGGCACCUACAUUCUUGUUAUCAUCUUACUUUUAUACUGGAAUGGCUGUUGAUGAGAGGACUUUUGCACUCGGAGCAGUGAGAAUUUUACUGACUGGACUUUACGUCCUUGUUAUUCUACUGUGCGUUCAGGCUGAUGAUAAUUGGGACAAGGAUGAGAAUCCCAUUCCCACAUCCGAGGUCAACGCCGUUCUUGGAGGAUCAGCACAACUACCAUGCGAUAUCGAACCUGAAACGAGGGGCGAUGGCGUCUACAUGGUCCUGUGGUUUCGUAAUAAUUCCGUCAAGCCAAUUUACAGUAUCGAUGUCAGAGGGAGAUCGUUCCAUGAGGCCCGAAAUUGGUCAGACAACGUGGUGCAGCCUCGGGCCCGUUUUGUAACAUCUCAGAAGCCUGCGGUCCUCGUUUUGGAGAGAAUACAGCUGGAUGACGAGGGGAUCUACCGAUGUCGUGUGGAUUUUAAAAAAUCACCGACAAGAAAUUGCCAAGUCAAUUUAACAGUUAUCCAUCCUCCCCACCAGCUCCGGAUGUACGACAGUUCAGGUCAGCAGAUUGACAGUGUCGUGGGUCCUUAUCAGGUCGGCGAGGAGUUUGUCGUAUCUUGCGAAGUCCGUGGAGGAAAGCCACCCCCACUCAUAACGUGGUUCGUAAAUGGGAAACAAGUGGAGGGAAGAGUAGAGAAGAAUGAACAGUUCAACAUCGUUAGCAAGUACAAGGUGCAGCAAUUAAGGAGGGAACACUUGAACACGACUUACAAGUGUCUCGCUACCAAUACGAAGCUCGUCGAGCCACUGGAGAAAACUGUUCUCUUGAAUGUUUAUCUAAAACCCCUGAAUGUAACGAUACUGUCUAAACCGGCGAUCCUGGAGUCGGAGAAGACGUACAAUUUAACUUGUCAAGUUGCUGGCUCACAUCCACGUCCAAAGGUGAUAUGGCUCGAGGGUAAUUCAGCAUUCACGAAUGGACGCGUUAAGGAGACUGGAAAUGCAACGGUCGUUUAUAGUACACUCAAAUUUUCACCCAUACCCGAGGAUCACAGCAAGCAGGUGAAGUGCAGGGGUGAAAAUCCCCUUCUCACUGAUGCCUUCAUGGAGGAUAGCUUUCACUUGAACGUUGUCUUUCCCCCGAAGGUUGAUCUGGAAAUAGGCAACACUCUGAAUGCUCAAAAUAUAAAGGAAGAGGACGACGUGUAUUUUGAGUGCAAAGUUCGGGCAAAUCCCCAGCACCACAGGAUAACAUGGCACCACAAUGGACAUGUUCUUAUACAAAAUUCAGCAGCAGGAAUAGUCAUAAGCUCACAAAAUCUCGUACUGCAGAAAAUAAAUCGUGAUAAUGGAGGCAAUUAUACGUGUCUUGCUAGUAAUGACAGGGGAGAGACGAGCUCAGCCGUUGUUCCACUUCGAGUGCAGUUCGCUCCAGUCUGCAAGACUAAGGAAGUAACGGUCAUUGGAGCUUCAUUAGAUGAAUCCGUGAGGAUAAGGUGCGAAGUGGAGGCUGAUCCGAGUGAAGUCGACUUCAUCUGGGAAUUCAACAACAGCGGUGAGAAUUUUGAGCUGGGCCCAGCGAAAGUCGAUGGAAAUAAUGGGACUACCAGUGAAUUCAUCUAUACCCCCAUGUCAGAGAGGGACUAUGGAGCACUCACGUGUUCUGGGAGAAAUAUCAUCGGGAAACAGAAAAUUCCUUGUGUUUAUCAAGUCAUUCCGGCAGUUAAACCGAGUCCUCUGAACAAUUGCACGAUAAAGGCCUCGUUGAAUCAGAGCUCGGAGAUCCUCGAGAUUGAGUGUGUGCCAGGAUACGAUGGGGGUCUUAAACAGGAAUUUCGCCUGGAGGCUUGGGAAGCUGGCACCAGGAUACUCCGGGUUAAUACAACAAGUAUUUCCCCCGAAUUACCCCUCUUCCGUAUAUCCAUCGUGGAUCUUCUGCCAGCAACUCACUUUUAUCUGAUCGCUUAUGCUGUGAAUGCCAAGGGGAGAAGCGAGGUAUCAUUACUCGAGGAUAUUAUCCUCAGGGACUCGGCCAAACAGACCGAGAGUGGAGUGAGUUUUGUUCCCCUGGUGCUUCUGCUAAUUGGAUCACUCAUGACCCUGGGGAUAACAGUUCUGUCUGUCAUGCUGAUGAUGUACAGACGACGAGGCACAACUUCACCAGUUCAUGUCGAGCCUUACAUGAAGCAACCGAUAAUCAGUCCACCUGACUCGAGAAAUAAUUCGAUGCUGGAUGUCACACACGGGGAUCACACGUAUUUCGUCGAAUAUACAUUGAAACAGGUGGGGGAUUAUGGGCUCAACCAGCCGGAUAUCAUUCAAUCACCUCAAGAUCAAGAGAAAGUUAAACGAGAACCUCAACUGUUCUUGCCAGUUAGGCCUGAUACAUUAUUUGCUCCGUAUGACCUACAUAAGCAGGGCCUGCAGACAAAUAAGUGCAGUUUGAAUCCAUUUUCUACGAAAUCAUGGGAGCCCAUAAGCUUCAAGGCUGACCGCAACUUGAUGAAAGAAAUAAUAAUCGCCAAUUCCAUACCCGGUCCGGAGAGCUGCGUAUAAAGUAUUUGUAAUCUAAGAAAACAAAUUAUUUGAUAGACAAAAGAAUGAACCAUCGAAAUCGAAUCAACGCAUAAACGAGACAUAUCAGUAUAGCUGACAUCAUCGUCACGGAAUUAUCACACACUCAUACGUGGACUGUCUGCAUUGUUUUUUAAGAACAAACUAAAUAAUCGGGGGAACGAACAGUUAACGUGGACUGAGGGCGAGAAUUGGUGUUUUUGGUGACCAAUGAGGGGACGCCCUUUUUUCAAUAAAGAGAUGAAAAUAAACGAAUUGUGUACAUGUUUAAUGUUAAUCCAUAAAAUUAUUAUAUUAUUUGUGUCACUUGAAGGAAUUUUCGAAUUCAUU